AUGAUUUCGGAGGAUUUCGAGAGAUUUCGGAGGAUUUCGAAGGAUUUCGGGAGAUUUCGGCGAUUUCGACACUAAUGUAAUUGUAAUGGAUACUCCAACAACUGUUUCUUCGACGAAAAACUUUAUGAACUUACCGGCCAUGGUGGACACUGCCUUGACUGCACAGCCAACCGAGACGGCCCUAACUGCGAACGUUGUCGUGAGAACUACUUUAUGAGAGAAGAUGGCUAUUGCAUCGCUUGUGAAUGUGACUCGGUAGGUUCAAGAAGCCUUCAGUGUAACAGCGAAGGAAAAUGCCAAUGCAAACCCGGAGUUACCGGAGAAAAAUGUGACCGCUGCGCUUCCAACCAUUACGACUUUGGAGCGAGCGGUUGCAAAAGCUGCGACUGCGAGCCUGCAGGAUCUAUCAACAAUGAGCCAAGGUGCGACCCUUGGACAGGGUUCUGUAUGUGCAAAAGCAACGUGGAAGGAAAACAUUGCCGGGAGUGCAAACCUGGCUUCUUUAAUCUCGACAUGGAGAACGAAUUUGGUUGCAGUCCUUGUUUCUGCUAUGGUCAAACUUCUGAAUGUACUUCUGCGCCAGGUUUCUCCAAAUACCAGAUCGAGUCCGGAUUUGCAAAAAGUAAUGAGAGAUGGUACGCGAUGGAUGAAUACAAUAGACAUAUCGAAUCAAGAUAUGACGGAGUCAGUCAAAGUAUUGGAGUACAAGCUCUUGCGGAUGAAUCUGCCUACUUUGUUGCACCAGACAGAUUUUUGGGCGAUCAAAGAGCAUCUUACAAUCAACUACUUUACUUUACUCUAAGAAUAGGAGAUCCUAGAGCUAUUCCAACUGCCAGAGAUAUUAUUCUUGAAGGUGCUGGAGGAGAAGUAUCCAAUACAAUAUUUGCUCAGAAAAAUCCCACUCCUAAUGUCCAGGUUCAAGAAUAUAAAUUCCGUCUUCACGAACAUCCUGACUUUGGUUGGCAACCAAGGCUAUCGGCUAUUGCAUUUAUUUCUAUCUUAACAAAUUUAACAGCAAUAAGAAUUAAAGGAACAUAUUCCCCGCAAGGUGUUGGAUUUUUAGACGAUGUAAAACUAGAAACGGCUUCUAGAGGAGUAGCCGGAGUACCCGCUAAAUGGGUAGAACUCUGUAAAUGUCCCGACGGAUAUGUGGGUCAAUACUGCGAGUCUUGUGCUCCAGGAUACAGACAUUUUCCUGAUCAAGGACCUUUUAAUCAUUGUAUACCAUGUGAUUGUAAUAAACAUGCUGAAAUCUGCGACUCCGAGAGUGGUAGAUGUAUUUGUCACCACAACACUGCUGGCGAAAAUUGCGAAUUCUGUGCAAGAGGAUACUAUGGUAAUGCUUUAGGAGGAACUGAAACCGAUUGCCAGCCGUGUGGUUGUCCUAAUGGAGGAGCCUGUAUUCAAGUUGAUGAAGAAAAUAUAAUGUGUACCGAAUGCCCGGCAGGAUACGCCGGUGCUAAGUGCGAAUCUUGCUCUGAUGGAUAUUUUAGAUCGCAAAACAAUCAAUGUGUACCGUGUGAGUGCAAUAAUCAUAUAGAUACCAAUGGAAUUGGUAAUUGUGAUCCAACAACAGGUGAAUGUCUAAGGUGUAUUCACAACACUGCAGGAUUCCACUGUGAUGAAUGUUUAGUAGGUCACUACGGAAAUCCAAUUUUACCAGAAGGCUGUAAGAUUUGUGAAUGUUAUCACCUGGGAACACAAGCUAAUAAUGACGGAGCUCCAAUUUGUGAUCAAAGCUCAGGUUCUUGUGUCUGUAAGCCUCACGUCGUAGGCACAAAUUGUGACAAAUGUGAAGAUGGAUUUUACAACUUGCAAAGUGGUGCAGGUUGUCAGUCUUGUGACUGCGAUACAGUUGGUUCUCUUAACCAUACUUGCGAUUCGUAUACUGGACAAUGUUUCUGCAGACCAGGAGUGACAGGAUUACGAUGCGAUCACUGUGAAACGCUGAAAUACGGUUUUUCAAUAAAAGGUUGUACAGAUUGUGACUGUGAUGGAAUUGGAUCAACAGAUUUACAGUGUGAUGCUUCUGGACAAUGUCCUUGCCUUAACAACGUGGAAGGUCGCAGAUGCGAUCGAUGCAAAGAAAAUAAAUUUGCCCGUCAAAAAGGAUGUAUUGAUUGCCCUGAUUGCUAUAACUUAGUUCAAAAUGCUUCAAGAACUCAUAAUAAUAAAUUACAGAAAUUAAACGAAAUUCUCGAUGAAAUUGAAAGAAACCCGACAGUUAUAGCUGACGAUCAAUUUCCAGAUGAACUAAACAAAGUUAAAAAAGAAAUUGCUACUUUUUAUCAAGAUGUAAAAGAAGCAACAGGAGAUAACACUAUUGUUAAACAGGUCAACGAUAUCAGGGACAAAAAGGAAGAAAUAAGUAAAACGUUAAUUGGAAUUGAUGAAAACAUCUAUACAACUGAAGAAAAGGCCAUUAAGACCAAAGAAGUUAUGAUUGAAACAGAUAAACAGUUUAAAGAAGCUGAAUCUAGGCUAAACGAUCUUGUCAAACACUUUGAAGUUGACGCUAAACAGGUUCUGGAAGAUGCGCGAAAUAGAUCAAAAACAGCUGGGCAGCAAUCUGAUAAAAUGACGGAAAUCGCUCACGAAGCACGCAACUUGGCUGAUGAAUUGGACGUAAGAGCUGACGCCUUAACUCUUAAAACAGAAGAAACUAGAAAUAAAUCAAUAGAUGCUUUGGAAAAAGCUAGAAAUGCUACUUUAAUACAGCAGAAAAUUAUUGAAGAAGCUCGUAUAAUUAAAAACGAAUUAAUUGGCGUUGAACAAACUUUAAAUAACACACAAAAACUAAGCAAAGAAGUAAAGGAAAAAGCAAGUGCAGCAAAAAAGGAAGCUUUGGAAUUGUUAAACGAAGUUAAUAACCUUAUUGUCCCUCACAUGAAUAUUGAAGAGCUAAAAGCAAAAGUCAAAGGAUUGGAAGAUGAAGCCUAUAAUAUAAGAAACAAAUCCGAUAACUUAUUAAUCAAUAAUGAUAAGUUAUUGGAUGAUAUCAAAGAAAAAUUGUUGGAAGGCGAAGAUCUAUUGGACAAUGCUAAAAGGCAACAAGUAUCGACAGACGAAUUAAUGGAUGAAAUCAACAUUUUGAAAGCUCAAGCUGACAAAUCUGUAAUUCUGGGAAAUGAGAUUAUUAAAAAGGCAAAGGAAUAUUAUGAUUUGUUCCAAGAUUUUGACCGACAAACAGCUAAAAGUAAACAAGAAGCAGAAGACGCACUUAAUACCAUAGAAGAAAUAGUUGCAAUAAUCAACGAAACCAAUCAAAAUAUAGGUCAAGCUGAGGUAUCUUUGAACGAAGCUAAAGGCUCUGCUGAACGGGCCUUAGAAAAUGCAAAAAAUGCUGAUUACUUGGCCAAAAAUGCAUCGGCAAAUGCGCUAAAAAUUAAAAAUUCAGCCGAAGUCCUUUACCAAAAUGCUAGCGAUUUGGGAAACGAAGCAAAUCUGAUGUUUGAUAGAGUUACGAACACGGAAGGAAGAUUAAAAAAUCUUAUGGAAAUUACUAGGAGUAAUGAUACGUUGAUUAAUGAUGCUAAAGAAAAGGUUGGUAGAGCCGGAAAGGAUACUGAAGAGGCCUCAAAGAGCGUUAACGAUCUUUUAGACAAUGUAAAUGCCAUAAUUAACGAACUGAACAACUCGCCCAAUAUCAAUGAAGAUGAAAUUGAUAAGUAUGAAGUUGAAAUUAAGGAAAUUGAAGCUAAAAUAAAAGAUGCACAAUUGGAAGAAACAUUGGAAGCUUUAAGGGAAAAGCGUAAAGAACAAGAUGAACUUAUUGAUAAAUAUAAUAUGGAAAUUGAGAAAUUGGAACGUGAUGUAUCUAAUAUUGAACUAAUUACAAAGACACUUCCCUUUGAUUGUUUCAAACGAGUCGAGUUGGAACCUUAA